AUGGAUUACGACUCUGCAACUAUAAUUAAGAACUGCAAAGUCACAAUCGAUAUUUUGAAUAUUGAUGACGGGAAAAUAGAGAUUCAGGAGGCUAUCGGGGCUCUAAUAUUCUAUUUGCAAGAUGGCCAAGUGCCAAGUGCGACUAAGCUAUCCUUAGAAGCCAUUACUUCAACGAUUUCUGUUCGGAAAAAUUUAAUUUCUAAAUAUAUUGAUUCUAACAUAUUGAACUUUUUGAGUACCCAACUUUCCAGUGGUGAUGAUGAAGUCAAAAGAUUAGUUUGUGUGUUGUUGAGGUUGAUCAUUAAGGAAGAAGAUGAUACUGUCAAUAGAUACAAACACUUGAGCCAUAUAUGUGCGUCAUCAAUACCUGAUUUGUUAAUAGCAUCAAGUGGCAGUGACAAUAGUUAUGUACAGUUCCAUGCCUUGUUUGCUAUAUCUAAUCUUAUUAAUCAUUCUUCGCCUCAGUAUGUUCGCUCAUUAAUAUCCAAUCCAAGCAUUUUCCGAGUGAUGGGUAAUAUAUUGGAUUCAAAAACCGGAAAGAAUACCUUUGAUGAAUUGGACACAAUAGUAAUUGUGAAAGUCUUAACGAUAAUAUCAUUAUUGUUGAAAGCUCCCGAAAAUUCUGACGCUUUUGGAAUUGUGAAGGAUAUGGGAUUACUAUUCAAAAUAUUUGGGCUCUUAACAAUAGACAACCCAAUAAUAUUAGAGUAUACCAUUGCUGUAUUCAUCAAUAUCACUUGUUAUGCCGAUACUUCGAUUAAAGAAGAAUUGAUAAAUUUUGGAAUAUUGCUUCUGAUAGCAACUGCUAUCCAAAGAUUUUCAUACUCAACAAAUUCUAGUAACUUGAAUAUUUUACUAAACUGUGCAAAAGUUUUGCUGAACUUAACCAAUUUCCCAAUUGCCGAAGUAAAAAAUCCAGAGAAUGUGAAUUCAAUGGAUGUGCUAUUCAAUAACAGGGAAAUUAUUGUUAAUUCCUUUGAAUUGGUGAAGACAAGAGAUUAUAAUAUUCAGCUUUGUGCUCUCAAGACACUUGUGAAUCUUUUGAACUUGCUGAGCACAGCCAAUAUUGUCAAAGACUUCAAAGAUUACAAUAUUCUACCAGAAAUUAAAAAAAUAUAUUCUAGAAUGUUGAAGGAUAAUAGUACUGACGAGCGCGAAUUUAUGUAUUCUCAUUCUUCUAUGAAAGAUGAUAUCAAAAAUCAGGUCCUAAAUAUUUUGGGUUUAUUAUGUUUGUACGAUGAUGCAUUGAUAAAUAUGAAAUCGGAAAUUGUGAAUGAGGGAUUUAUUGCUCUUUUGAUAGAUGAAUUAAAGGAGCAGCAAGUAUCUAAUGAAUCGAAACUCACCUUGAAGGUGUUGGAAUGUUUAUUUUGUCUAAGUCUGAAUAAUUUUUCUGCCCAACAGGAAAUUUCAAUCCACAAAGAAAAAGUUCUAGAAAUAUGCAAUGAUGCUCCCCCAUCAUCUGUAUCACGGGUUCAAGAAUUGGUUUGUGGGAUAUUUUGA